CGUUCUCUUCAUCUGCCAAUUCUAUUUGAGUCGAAAGAAUUCAAUCUCUCUCUUCUUGUUUCUCUAUCUCGGCCGGAGGGCUGUCGUGCCACCACACUACUGUCGUGCUUUGUCUUCCCUCUCAGAAGUGAAGCUAUGUGGGCCGUUCACUACCGUUGGAUGUAUCCAAUAGAGAGAUAUUUGGGCACAUUGAAAUCUUAUGUGCGUAAUCGAAGCAAACCUGAAGGUUCAAUUGCUGAAGGAUAUCUAGCCGAAGAAUGUUUGAGAUUUUGCUCUUUGUAUUUAGCUGACUAUGUGGAGUCAAAGUUUAAUCGAGAAUCAAGGAACGAAACUGUUACAGAUAAUGCAAUAAUUGGAUUAGAUGUAUUUACGAUCCACGGUCGUUCUCUUGGAAAAGGAACUGCUAUGAGAUUAGAUGAUGUAACAUUGACGAAAGCACACCAAUAUGUAUUGUUCAACUGUGAGGCUGUUAGACCAUGCACCGAGCAAUAUUGGGCAGUAGUUGAACAAUCUAAUCCUCGCGUUGCACGUCAUCAGUUGGAACGUAUCCAUAGUGAAAGGUUUGCUGGUUGGUUUGCUCAACAUCUUGAAGGGUUAACAGUCCAUGAGGAAAAUCCAACAUUAAGAGAUCUGAAGUUACUUGCUCGUGGGCCUAAUAUAAUUGGAGUGAAAUAUAAAAAGUUUAUUGUGAAUGGUUUCCGGUUCCACACAAAAGAUUUGGAGUGUACAAAGAAAACACAAAAUAGUGGGGUGCGUGUUAAAGCUACAACGUCAAGUUUUUCAAGUACUAUGGAUCAAAUCCAAUCUUAAGCGAGUUGGACUAUUAUGGAAUUCUAACCGAUGUUGUUGAGCUUGAUUACAGUUAUGGACAUAGAGUUGUGUUAUUUGAUUGUCAAUGGGUGUCAAAAGGAAAUCGAUUGAAGAUAGAUGCUGAUGGAUUUACAUGAGCUAAUUUUUCAAAUGUGAUAUGCCAUAAUGAACCAUUUAUUCUUGCAUCUCAAGCUGAGCAAGUCUUCUAUGUAGAGGAUCCAACUGAAUCACAAUGGAGCGUAGUUGUCUCUGCUACAGCACGAGCUUAUUAUGACAUGGAACCUAUUAUCAAUGUGGAGACUUACAUACAAAGUAAUAUUUGUGUUCCUGCUGAUAGUAUAGAGUCAGAUGACUUUGGUUGGGUUCGUGAAGACAUCGAUGGAAUAGAGAUUGACUUAAAUGAAUGAUUUUGAUGACUUAUAUGUUAUCAGAUGGUAGUUAUAGAACAAUAUUCAGUAUGGAAACUACGAUGCUAAGCUUGUCCAUGUUGGAUGUGAAAAUUAUGAGGCUGUCAACACCAUUGCAGCAUCCAAGAAGGGUAUAAAGUGAAGUUGUCAUAUUUUUGGAGUCUUGCCUUAGUCAUUGCCUCUACGUCAGCAUUAUGCCCUUACUAGUCACUGAUCAAGUCUCGUUUUGGGAUUGUAACACCUUUGAUUCGGUUGCUCGACGACCGGGCUAGGGGUGUUACAUAUAGCUUUGUUGCCACAAGAACUGCUCACCCAGAAGGCAAUGGUUGUCAUCUGUGGCCACCUUCCAGCCUACUGUCGAGAGCUGCUGCUUUGUCGUCUCCGCAGCCGCUGCAGCCCAGUGCACCAGCGAACUCUUUGCCCAGUCUGUCAGGCUGCCUCCUCGCACAAUGAUAAUCUUGUUUUUCAUCUUUGUAUACCAAUUCUAGAUUUGACA